AACAACUAAAUGCGAAAAGAUGUCUUUUUAAAUGGUUCACUGUGUUUGUUUAUGUUAUUAAUAAUGUUUUUAUAAAUUAAUGUAAAAAUUUACGCCAUACUAUAAUAUGUUUGAUACGAAAGCAACUGUUCUUAUCAAGCACUUAAUACCUUCUGUUAUUCUAAUUAUAUCUAUGGCGUAGAAGCCCGUUAACUGCUCAUGUGAGAUAUCGUCGAGAAUGAGAAGCGCUAAUGGGUUCCUAACAAUAAAUCAAGUUUUCCUUGUAAUAAAUAUAAUUAUUAACGAGUUUGUGUUGAUAGAACCUGUGUUUUGUAAAGGACAAUAUUUUUCUUUUGCCCUUUUAUCCUAGUACGUAUCUUAAGUGAUGCUUCACACGUGAACUGUGUUCGAUGUCAAGUGCUUUUUCUUAAAUUCUAAUUAAAACAGAAAUGCAAGAAGAUACAGAAUCAUUCAAUGAAAAUAGUAGCUCUGAGGUUAUCAUUCUGCCCCAAAAUACACACCUAGAAACUUUGAUCUCAGAUGACGAAGAGACUGAUGCUGAAUCACGAGCAUCUUAUGAAACAAAACUGAAUGCCAAGCUUAAAGAUUUGGGUCUGUAUGAAGAUGGGAUGACUAUACAACAAAAAGAGGAGCUAUUGACUGUUGUCGCAGUGUCAUUCAAAACUGCAGAGGAAGAAAAAACCAGAAGGCAAUGGUAUGAAGAGUAUGCUAAUGCAGCCUUGAAUUUUCCUGAAGAUGAAAUAGAGUUUAGUUUUCAGCAGUCACCUGAACCAGAUCUCUCUGAAAAGAUUACAAGCUAUUCUACAGAUUAUCAUCCCAAUGGCAUCAAAACUAAAGGAAAUUCCAGCUCAGAAUUUGAUAGAAAGAGUGGUCACAAUGCAUCAGCAACGGUAACUAGGGAAAGCUUGGCUCUGAAUGACUGCCAUAACCUACCCUCAACUAAAUUUUAUGUAUGCUAUAUGUCUUUUAGUAGCAGUCAAGGUAUAGGUUUUAAAUCAAAGCCUCAGGCACGUAGGAAUCGCAUUAGAGGUGAAGGAAAUAGCUCUUUUAAGUUGUCUUUGGAGGAGGGAAACACAGUGACUUCACAUUCAGCUGAAACUGUAUUAGGUUAUAAAGAUGCUAUUCUUACAAGCAAUAGGCAAAAGAGGAAACUCUUGGAGAAAAGCAUGUCACGUUGGAAACCUUGUCUGUCACCUAAGGACGAACCCCUAAUUCGCAUUAACCAUCAAGUAGAUGAUGAUUCAGUGGAAUCUUGUACCCAACCCUCAAUCCAAACGAGAAUGUGCAACUAUAUGCAAGAAUUUAACUUUGCAAUAGCUGAAAUUAAAAAAGCAAGCCAAACCCCUUCUCACUUUGGGAAACCGUACCAUUUAACUCGGAGUGGGCAUUGCUUACGGAAGACAACUAAAGUGGACUCUUUGGAUAUCAUGGUUGGUGUUCAAGAGGGCAGGAAUGAAGUUGCUAGUACUUCGGAUUCUUCGAUAUCUCUCAAUCCUGCAACAAAGAAAGAACCCUUUUCGAGAACUUCAGGUGGGGCUUUUCGCUAUGCCCAGCUACACAGGGACAGAAUAGACGCACUGCGCAAUAGCUCUGCAAUAAUGAACAAUCAGAAUCCUAUGACAAAUCACACUAUAACUAGGUAUAGUGGUCCAAACUCUGUCGAUGACUACAGAACUUCGCCCGAAAUUCUAAUAGAGGACGAAAUGCUUUCUGAUCGAUUCGAUUCUAGUGCUUUACAUCAAGGUGAUUCUUCAGAGCAAGCUCACUGUGAUGGUGAUAUUAAAAUAUCUUCUGAUAUCAAAUUGCCGAAGUUUAGUAAUCUUAAACCCCAUCUUUGCCAGGAUGAUUUUUCUGAAAAGGAGAUUUUAAGUAGACAUCUGACCCUCCCACAUACUAGUACCAGUUGCUCGACGGUCAGCUGUUCUGAAGGAAGUGCUAAAGCUGCCUUGUCAGUGUACAAAAAGGAGAAUCACGUUGAAUCAUCUUGCCACGAUGGUGAUUUAUCAGAUUGUUCUUCUGUGAUUGAUGUGGAAACAAUUGUUGAUGAUGAAAUAGAAGAAUUUGUUUUAAAAAGAAAACUAUUACAAGAAUCUACAAGUACAGAUAAACAAACUUAUUCAAAUAGAUACAAGAGACUGAAGAAAAAUACUUCUUAGAAGAUAGUUUCUGUGCACAGAUUUAUGAUUUUAUCUGUAAAAUAUGUGUGGAUUUUGUAAAUAGUUUUUAUUGAAAUUAUCAAAUUUUUAUUAAAAUGCUUGUAUUUUUCAUAGAAGAGCUGAGUAUUUUAAAUAUAAAGCACUCAUUCAACGCU